CAGUUCACAGUGCUGCGUAUAUUUAUUUAAAUAUAAAGUAGAGAAUUGGUUUAAGAAACCUUUACAGGGGUGAUUUAUGUAUUGUUUCCAUCGUGUACAGCUCUAUUUGUGCGUCCUUUAUGGCGUUUACCGAUGGAAACUAACUGUAAAUCAAGCUGUCAACGAUGUGUAACGUUAUGCGUUAAAUUUAUUAAUGAGCGAUUUUGUGUUUUUCUUUGUUCGUGUUUUUCGAUGUGUGGAGCAAUAAUAUAGUUAGCGAAUCGCUUGUCGAAGUGUCACUUUCUCUUAUUGCCAGAGUACACAAUGGUGUAGAUCCAAUUCCUUUAUUGCUGUGUAGAUAUUAGAAAAUUAAAUUAUAUUUAGAUAUGGAUGUAUUAUGUUUAGAUAGAUUUCUUUUUACCUGUAUCUUUUCUUGGAAUGCUGAACAACUUGUAAACUAAGGUAUUACUUGUGUUUAUAUAUAUAUAUAUAAAGUUAUUAUUAUUAUUAUUUUUAUUUUCACACUAUGUAAUGUUCUGUUUACUAAAACCAAGUAUAAAUGUCAUCAAGUUAGUGUUUUUAUGCUUCUUUACAUUUAUUCCCAAAUAAUAGGCUGACUAAAGGCAGUAACAAUUUAAACAAUUGUGAACUAAUGUUUAAUGUUUAUAUCUUUUCUUUUUAAUAGUCUAUUUAUUUUCAGCAGUCAUCAAUCUUGUACAUGGUCAGUGGUCAUAGACACGAAGAUGUACCUUUAAUUUCCCCAAGCUGAUUGUUCACUAAAAACCCCGCAGUCAUCAUGCUUUCUGCCAUUUCAGGUUUGCUUUUGAGGUGACAUAAUGCGGUAUCUAAGGGGGAAUUUCUAUCUUGUAAAGUUUCUUCUACAAAAUUCACCAAUAAAUGUCGGAAUUUUCCCAUCAGCCUACAAGUGACAAACAUGAAUGAUCCAGAAUCUUGCAGAAUAAAACGUGAAGAUACUGAAGAACAAAUAGAAAUGACAGAAGAAAACAAGAAGAGUGAAGAAUUUACUGAAGUAGAGGAGAAACAUGAUGUCAAAGCCAUAAAAAAAUCUUUGCCGAAAAGAAGUUCCAAGCAAUCUUUUACUUGCUUUCACUGUGGAAAGAGUUUCUCAUACAAACAUAAUUUGAAACAUCACAUAAGGGUUCAUACUGGAGAGAAACCUUUCACAUGUGAUCAGUGUGGGAAUAGUUUCACACAAAAAAGAAUCCUUAAGGAACACAUGAAAAUCCACACUGGAGAGAAGCCGUACACAUGCGAUCAGUGCGGGAAAAGUUUCGCACAAGCAAACGCUCUUAAAUUACAUCUGCAUAUUCACUCUGGAGAAAGACCAUAUAACUGUGAUCAAUGUGGUAGAAUGUUUUCAAGGGUUGAAUCCCUGAAGAGCCACUUGAAAGUUCAUACAAAGGAGAAGCCUUAUGUUUGUUCUUUGUGUGGAAAGAGUUUUUGCCAGAUGGGUGCAUUAAAAAUACACCAGGAAAGACACAGCGGUGUGAAGAAUCACAUGUGCUUUGAUUGUGGGAAGACCUUUAUUAGAGAUGCUGAACUGAAACGGCACCAGAAGACUCACACUGGAGAAAAACCUUACAAGUGUUCACACUGCGAAAAGAGUUUCAGUCAGGCAGGACACAUGAAAAUACACGAGAGGAUCCACACUGGAGAGAAGCCGCACACAUGUGAUCAGUGUGGGAAGAGUUUUGCACAUGCAAACACUCUUAAAUUACAUUUGCUUUGUCAUUCCGGGGAAAAACACUAUAACUGCGAUCAGUGCAGUAAGACAUUUGUUUUGGCAGUAUCCCUGAAGGUCCACCUGAGAGUUCACUCAAAGGAGAAGCCUUACAUGUGUUCUUUUUGUGGAAAGAGUUUUAGUCAGCUGGGAGGUUUAAAAAUACACCAGAAAAGACAUGACGGCGUGAAAAAUUAUGUGUGUCUCGAUUGUGGGAAGACCUUUAUUACAAAUGCUGAAUUGAAACUGCACCAGAGAACUCACACUGGAGAAAAACCUUACAAGUGUUCACAGUGUGACAAGAGAUUCAGUUGGUCAGCAUGUCUGAAAAUACAUGAGAGGAGCCACACUGGAGAGAAGCCGUAUCACUGUCCUUCAUGUGGGAAAAGUUUUAGUAAAUUAGAUUCUCUACGCAGCCAUACAAAAAGAAAUAUCCAUUGCAAUAUAUCCAUAUAAAUCUUUCCUAGCCAGCUGCAACAAGAGUCUGGACAAGUAACCGUCAUCCUAAGUUACCAGUGAGAUUCAGAUGCACAAAAGGAGGCUAUGACACUUUAAAAACAUUCAAUUCUUAUUCCAGUGUAGCACAUUUGGGAACACAAAGUCUGAUGUGCUUUGUGUUUCAUGCCAAGUGUUGCACUGUUGCCAUUUACAUGCAUGAAGCGCGUCUCAUCAGCUCAAUUAACAAACAUGCUGUGAGUUUCAGCUUGAAAGCUUACUCAUUUAACUGUGAUCAAUGUGGUAUUUUUGUUUGUUUAUUUUUUUACAUGAGAAAACAGUGGUGUGAAGAAUCACGUGCAUUGAGUGUGAGAAGAUUUUUUUGCUUUUUGCACAAACAAAACACUUGUGUCACUUUACAAAAUUGAGGUUAACCCACUGGAGUCACAAGGAUUCAUUUAAUGAUGUCUUUACCAUCUUUCUGGGGCUUGAAAGUAGUAGUUGCAUAGCUGUCAAUGGAGGGAGAGAAAGCCCUUAGAUUUCAUCAAAAAGAUCUUGAUUUGUAUUCCGAAGAUGAACAAAAACGGAAAAACUGCAAAUCACAAAUCCAACCACUGUGUGCACCAGUGGAGCUUUUCUGACAUCUAAUGCAGAAAAUUUGGUACUGCUCCCAAUUUUUUAAAUAAUAUAGGCCUACAUUUUCGCCUUGCGGUGACAAUAUCACCACUAGUGUCACUAAUGUGAGGAGAGCAUUAAAGUCACAAAGAAAUCAAAAUGGACAAUUCUUAUUUUUAUGGAAAAUUGCAUAUUUAUUCUAAAUGAUUUAUCUCUGCACACUUAUUAUUUUCUAUAAUCUAUGUUCCCUUGUAAUCUUUAUUCUAAAUAUCAUCUCCUCCCUCUUACAUAGAUUUAUACAAUCAUAAAGGCAACAGACCAAAAAAGCUCAAAGUGUGUUUUUCUACCAUUUACUAGAAUAUGAUGGCAGAAUAAUGGACAAAAUUUGAAGUUUAAAUGACUAACUGUGCGCCAUCUGUACUUCAAACAUAGUUUUAUAAAUGAGCAAUUUACGCUGUAUAUAAACAUGAAUUUAAACAGCAUAUAUUGAUCUGUUUUAACAAAUGGCUUAGGUAUAAUGAGAAUUAUUGUAGCCUUCUAAUGUAAAAACAAAAUAAGGCACAUGACAGCGUUAAACAUGGGAGACAUGCACUAGAUUUUAAAUCUAGUCUAUAGCGCCCUCUGGUGACUGACUCAUGUAAACUCGAGUCUAAGAUGCUUUUAAUAAUGCUCACGAAGUAUUUCAGUUACAUGGCGUUUAGACAAAGUGACAAUGCUCUUUUGGUUGUUGUGUUGUUUUAAAUACCUUUUUUAUUUUAUUUGGGAAUUGUUUUUUUUUUUUUUGGUAAGUUUUUUUUUUAUACUGACUUCGUCUCGUGGUGAUGACGUGAUCGCAAAGUCAGUUGCGAGAUGAGCUGGGUGCGGUAUAUUUACACAAUUUUUAGUUGCAUUAACUAAAAUAUAUACUUUAAGCGUUACUGCGAGUACUUAAAGCCUGUGAGGAGCGACGCGCGA